UGUUCAAAGAACACACAGUCUUCAAUCUAGCAAACAGCAUCUAGCUACCUGCUCGAAAAUAAAGUUCUCUCUGUGUCCACUGCUCCAGUGUCGAGCGGACACCAUUUAAAAUGUUUCCCAUAAAUACGACAGGACAGACUGGACUUUCAACGUCAACAUGAAGGACGAUAGAACGGAGCAGAAACUCACGGGUAAUCUGUACAACAGUCAUUGAACUCAUCAUCAGGAAGGAGAUGAGGAUGGAUUUACUACUGCUCAGAUGUUUUGGUGCAUUAGAUGACUUUGACAAAACACCAAUCUCUGCUGCUCCUGAACCAGCUGCUGCUUCUUCCUCAGCCACCAGUGGAGCUCAGAAGACGCCCUUGCUUGAGGACACAAAACUCUUUGAAACCCUCUUUGAAGGGGAGUUAGCUGCUGAAGCCAAGGAGGAAUGGGAGAAAGCCAUGAGUGAGCUAGCUCAGGACGAGCCAGAGUUACUGCAACACUUCCAAAAAUUAUCUGAGGCAGCUGGAAAAGUUGGCACUGACACAGCCUCCCAACAAGAAUUUACCUCUUGUCUUAAAGAAACCCUGCAUGGACUUGCCAAAAAUGCAGAUAAUUUACAGUCGACAGGACUAGCAGGUGACGACCUUGUGAAGACUCUGGAAGGUCUGAGAUUGGAGGAGGGCGGUGAAGGAGACGGUGAUGAUGGAAACAUCCUGCCCAUCAUGCAGUCCAUAAUGAAGAACCUUCUUUCUAAGGAUGUACUUUAUCCAUCACUCAAAGAGAUCACCACCAAAUAUCCAGAAUGGCUAGAAUCCAACAAGACGAGCCUCAGUGCGGAAGAUUACCAGCGAUACGAACAACAAGCCAAAGUCAUGGGGGAGAUCUGCAAACACUUUGAGGAGGAAGGACACGGAGCAGAUGACAAAGACGGCUCAUUUGAAAGCAUCAUGGGUCUGAUGCAACAGCUACAAGACUUUGGCCAACCACCCAAAGAACUGGCAGGUGAUACGCCUCCAGGGUUCAACUUUGACAUGGAGUCACUUUUUCUCCCCGGUGGGGCAGGAGCCGGAGCCGGAGCAGCAGAUCAAUGCUCCGUCAUGUGAUGAGGCAGACAUGCAGCUCAUCCAAAAACACUCAGACCAGAGGGUCCUUCUCUGUGUUUGUGUGUCAGCAAUGAAGAUGGAACAAGGAAGUGAAGACGGCGUGUGAAGCCGUGGUCAUACACAGCACUGUGACCUGCAGCCAACACUGUUCUCUGUUAUGAUGAAGGUGUGAGUGUGGGAGAGGCCUCUGAAACCACCACCCACAAACGUGUGUUUUAACAACAAAAUAACAGCAAAGAACGAUGUAUGCAUUUGUUGUUUGACGUCAUAAUCCAUUUUAGCUCCAUUUCCUUCAAAGUUAAAACAAAACCACUGCCCAUUUUUAAUAUGUUUUUACAUUAGGGUAAAAUCUAUUGAACCACCUUACAGUUAAAACUGUGCCUUUGGCUGAUGGACUCUAACUUUUUAAUUUGAUUUCAAAUCCAUCAUUCAACAAAGAACCUCAGAUUAAAGUGUGUGUAUUUGUCAGAUCAUCCAAAAUUUUGUUGACACGAGUCAAAUUAACAGUUAAUUUAACAAUUUUAAUAAAUAACUUUAAGUGAAUACUAUGUUAAUGGAACAGUAGCUAGUGAAAGACAUUGUACACAUGUUAAUUAUUUAAAAUGAUAUUAUGAGAUGUAAUUCCCAGGAAUAUCUGUGACAUGCCCAGCUUCCCCAAACCUUCUAGACUUCUCAUUCCCAGAUACGGUUCGGAAGCAUAGACUGUGUGUAAGAGAUGGACCUAGAAAUCACAGAUUUUGAAGCCUGGGGUUCGAUAAAAAUCCUGUUUUUAUCAAUUGGUUUAUCUUUUAAAUGAUCCUGAACCUAUGCAGCUACUUCUGUCUGAACAUCUGGAAUACACUUACAACCCUAUGGCUACAAUUAGUUCUUAUACACUGUCCAUGAUUCUAAAUGGAGAUGCUAGCUCCCUGAUGUCUUUGCUGUGGUGAGAUGGUUAUUAUAUUCUAGAGUUACCUUAAAAAGGUGCUUCCCUUGUGAUUCAUGUUGUUUUUAUUGUGCAGUGUCAUCUUUUGUAUGAGGUCCCAUGUGGGGGAGGGAAACACUGAUGUGUUGUUUACCUCCAGUAUCCUGUUUACCUUCUACAUAGAGUUAUGGUUAAAGACAAUUUACAGGAAAUGUAAAAAAUAAUCAAAUCACGGAUUACAAUGAAAAGGAUGUGUCUAUUAUUUUUGUAGAGCCUCUACUUGGACUUGAUUCGGUUUUUUUUUUUUGUUUGUUUGUUUGUGGUUUAUGUCCGUUGUCAAUGGCUAAAAUUUUUCCACUGUUGCUAAAGAAAGACAGAAGGAGAAGUCAAGAAAUGUCACACCCAUCACUCAUCUUUACCUGUAUAAUAAACGGUUAUAGAAUGUGAACGGAUUUACUCAGCACUGAAAUAAGAGCAGAUUCAAAAGAUGGUCGACAGGAGGCCUCUGUGGACGUGGUGUUCUUGGUGAAGGAAGAUCAAAAACUGUUCCACUUCCAGGGCCUUUGAAGCAAAACAUAAUUUUUAGCAACACUAAAAAAUUGCAUCCUGUUGAUUGAUAUUUAGUUUUGUAAAUAAAAUUAAUAAAAAGACAUGCUGAAAGAAA